AUGCCGAUGUUCACCAUGAACACCAACGUUCCCUGCGCCUCAGUGCCAGAGGGGCUUCUCUCCGAGCUCACCCAGCAGCUGGCACAGGCCACCGGCAAGCCGGCACAGUACAUCGCAGUGCACGUGGUCCCGGACCAGCUAAUGACUUUUAGCAGUUCUAGUGACCCCUGCGCCCUAUGCAGUCUGCACAGCAUCGGCAAGAUCGGCGGCGCGCAGAACCGCAUCUACAGCAAGGUACUGUGCGGCCUGCUGGCUGAUCGCCUGCACAUCAGCCCUGACCGGAUCUACAUCAACUAUUACGACAUGAGCGCAGCCAACGUGGGCUGGAACGGUUCCACCUUCGCCUGA